AUGGACACCGACGGCGGUGGCGCGCCAGGCCAGGACCUGCGCAGCAUCCAGGUCGACAAUGCCAUUCGCGCGAUCAAGGAGAAGAAGCCUCUGCCCGAGAUUGACUUCACUAUCCAUAAUAUGGAAGAUGGCACCCAGGUCAACACAAUGGAGCGAGUCUGCAAAGAUGUCCAGGCUCCUGCAAUGUUCAAGCCCACUGAUGAACAGUUCUUCGAGGACGAUACCCACCAGAAGCCGAACAUCACCUUCCUCAAGUCUCACUUCUACCGCGAAGGUCGAUUGACAGAUGAGCAAGCCUUGUGGAUCAUCAGAAAGGGUACCGAACUCCUACGAGCCGAGCCCAAUCUUCUCGAAAUGGAUGCCCCCAUCACCGUUUGCGGAGAUGUACACGGUCAAUACUAUGAUUUGAUGAAGCUAUUCGAAGUCGGCGGUGACCCAGCUGAGACGAGGUAUCUCUUCCUCGGCGAUUACGUCGAUCGUGGGUACUUUAGCAUCGAGUGCGUGCUAUACUUGUGGUGUCUGAAGAUCCAUUAUCCUAAGACGCUAUGGCUUCUGAGAGCCGUUAUGAACAAGCAAUUCCUCUGUAUCCAUGGUGGACUGAGUCCUGAACUACAUACCCUUGACGACUUAAGAAGCAUUGACCGAUUCAGAGAGCCUCCUACACAAGGGUUGAUGUGCGAUAUCCUCUGGGCUGAUCCGCUAGAGGACUUUGGUCAGGAGAAGACUUCCGAUUAUUUCCUCCACAACCAUGUCAGAGGAUGUUCUUACUUUUUCUCGUACCCGUCAGCAUGUGCCUUCUUGGAAAAGAACAACCUGCUUUCAAUCAUUCGGGCCCAUGAAGCACAAGAUGCUGGUUACCGAAUGUAUCGCAAAACCAGAACCACUGGAUUCCCGAGUGUGAUGACCAUCUUCUCAGCACCGAAUUAUCUGGACGUGUACAACAACAAGGCUGCGGUAUUGAAGUACGAGAACAACGUUAUGAACAUUCGUCAGUUCAACUGCACUCCCCAUCCAUACUGGCUACCGAACUUCAUGGACGUGUUCACCUGGUCCCUUCCUUUCGUCGGAGAGAAGAUCACGGAUAUGUUGAUUGCUAUCUUGAGUAUUUCAUCAGAGGAGGAACUCAGGGAAGACACAACAUCCCCGAGCGGUCCAACUUCGCCACCAAUCACCCCGGCCGGCGGCCCUGGAUCCAACGAUCCCGAGUCUAUCGAGUACAAGAGACGUGCUAUUAAGAACAAGAUCCUUGCAAUCGGUCGUCUGUCCCGAGUCUUCCAAGUCCUCCGAGAGGAGUCUGAAAAGGUUACUGAGCUUAAGACCGUUUCUGGAGGACGUCUGCCUGCGGGUACCCUCAUGCUAGGCGCCGAGGGCAUUAAGCAGGCCAUCAGCAGUUUCGAAGAUGCCCGGAAGGUCGAUCUACAGAACGAGAGACUGCCCCCUAGUCACGAGGAGGUGGUACGCCAGAACGAGGAGGAGCUGCAGGCCGCACUGGCUAGGGCGAAGCACGAAGCGGAUAAUGACAAGAAGUUGCAGACAUUGUCUAGACGACUCAGCACGUAG